UCGAUAAAGUCAUCGGAGAGUAUUGCUUUUUAACUAUUUUCAUUCCCAGUAAAGUCUCAGUGAAAUCUUAUUCAGCCAACAGGAUGUUGUACGAAGAUUGUAUACUAGAUGAUCAGUGCAAUGGAACAUCUGGUGCCAGUGUCUGCAAAACAGUUAGAGACAAAGGAUUAUGUGUGUGUGCUUCAAACUACAUAGAAGACAAGGAUACACUGAGGUGUCGUAGAGCCGAAAAGCAUGUUUUUGAUACCUGUAAAAUUGAUGAGCAGUGUACGGGUACAGAGAACGCUGGAGUCUGUCGUUAUGAUGAACAGAUGGAGAGAGAUUGCAAUGAAGGCUAUAUUUGGCAUAAAGCAAAGUGUAUACAAUCGGAGAGACUUUUAUUUGAUACCUGUGAGUACGACGUACAGUGCAAUGGGACAGAAGGUGCAAACAACUGUACAACAUUCGGGGAAAGGAAAAUAUGCUUUUGCAAAACUGGACACCUUGAAUUUCAAGGACGAUGCAUUGCAGGGAAAAGACAUUUAGGUGAUCCAUGUGAGAUAACCAAACAAUGUUUGAAUGAAGAAGAUACAUGUAAUGUUAUAUGUGGUAAUAAUUCGUCAUGCUCAUGUAAAGAUGGAUAUUUCGAAGUUGGACAAGAGUGUCUUAAAGGGAAUCUUUCGCUGGGUCAAAGUUGUGUAGAAUCAUCACAGUGUACGGGGACUGAGGACAGCGGACGAUGUGUAGACGGGCAGUGCUCUUGUGAAAUGGGAUUUCAUCUUUACAAGCGGCAGUGCAUUCCAGGAAAGAAACACCUGUUUCUAUUGGUUGGUGCUGGUGUCCUCCUCCUUGUGAUAACGGUAUCAAUCAUAACUUGCCUCGUAGUGUGUAGAGGAAAAUUGAAAGCGCGGAGUGGAAGACUGGUUGUUCAUACAACUGAUAAUGUACUAGAGGAUCAUAACUACUACACCUAUGCUACCCAUGGCAACAUCAGAGAUACAAUGGAAAGUCAAAUCCCUCUAAGUCACAAUGAUUGCAGUUAUACCGGGGAUACACUUUACGACACAACUCACCACGCAGAGGAGCAGACAACGGAAAAUUUGUAUGACGUCAGUGAACCGCUGUCCACUUUUAGAGACCAAGCCUCCUCUGAGGGCGUGUAUAUGUACAACCACCUGCAUGAUAAAGAAACAGCUGUGUGAAAAUCUAUAUGACGUCACAGAGUUACCUAUUUCUCCUAAAACCAACGCAUAAAAGGAUACAUGUAUAUUGCGAGGUUUAUGUCAAAGACAAAUACAAAGUGAUCAGCAACUUUACAUGUUUUUUUAGGCUCAUAUUCCAAUUAAUUAAAUGUGAAAUUUAGACUAUUGAUAUAUAACAUGUAUGGGCUUAAAUAUUUU